AAAUGGCAAGUGAGGAGCUGGUUGAAGUGCUCCUCGGUCGGGCAUUCAAAGCCCUCCAAAUCUGGCCCCACUUUAGCUAUCCAAUCACAGCCGCCGCCAUCCCCCCUGCAAGAACUCCCCGCUCCAAUCAGUGAAGUCUCCAUGCCAUCCUUAGCGCGCAGCAGAUUCAUUCUUCCUUGGUGCCUUUGCCCAUGCUGUUCCCCCACCCCCGUGCCAGGAGUGCCCUCCCCGCCUCACACUCCCGAUUCAGCCCAGGCUCUGAGACACAGCUCAAGUCGCGGCUUGUCAGGGUCCCUGGCAGCCAAGGCCCCUCCUGUUUCUCAAAAGAAACACAUGUAAUACAACAUGGAGGCGCAAGCUUCAGCCAAGAGCUCUUCCUUUGCAGCCAUCUAAACUCACCCCAGCCAGAGACUGCCCACCAUUCGCCCUCUUCCCCAUUCAUAGAGAGCUCUGCUGGCUGCGAGUGAGACUCCCUGCCUCCCACAAGUCAUUCCUCUUAGAAGAGCAGAAGAAUUGGCUUUUCUAGGUGGGGCUGGUCAGGAAGGCUAAGCGCCUGGGUGCAGCCAAAGCCUCUGGCACCAGAUGGAACAGCUGCGCAGCUCUCACUGACCUUUCUCGGUGCCUGUGGCUGUGAUGAGCCUUCGAGCUCCUAACUUUUCUGACAGUGUUUCUAUCAGACUUGUUCCUGUCAGAUCUUCUGGCCACUUUCCUGUAUGGACUUUGAGCUAGGAGGCCCUGCCACCUUUUAGACUUCUAGUAGGUGGUGCAUCUGAUUGGCUUGGAUUGCGUGGUCCUUUGAGUGCUCUGUUCCGCACUUGGCCUGAAACGCUCUUGCUUUGUCCAUGUGGCCUCAGGCCUGGUUCACAUAGACUCGAAGCCCGUACUCUGAAUGUUUGCACCUGGACGGGUGGAGGGAAGGACAACUUUGCAAAAUACAGUUUCUUCAUGAAGAUUCAGACUGUGUUCCAGAAUGCAUAUUUAUAAUUCUGUAUCCACGGGGAAGAUGAUAUAAAAAGACAAUAGGAAAAGUGACCCAGACCCCUUUUUCUAAUUUUUUUUUAACCUGAAGAGAGAGUGAUGUCUUCACAUUGCCACAUCCUGAGGGGGAGAAUCAUCAAAGAAAAGCAACUGGGACCUGCCAAAGACCUUAAGAAAAGGAAGUUGAGAACCGAGAUGUCUUUAAAAUAACUUCACUACCGGGUGUCACACAGGCUGGCUUCCCGAGUGCAACUUUUCAGUUUUUAAUAGGUUCCAUAAAGAGCCACGCACCCCACAGCCACCGCUAGAGGGCUCAGCAGAGUUACAGCCCCGAUUUGCCCUCUAGCGGCGAUUCUGAACAGAGUGCAUUUGUGCAGACUUGGGGCCAGGCAGCUUGGCAGUUGGAGCAGACAUCUGGAACCAUUAGGUUCAACCAGCCAUGAGAGGGUUUUCAUAUAGCAACAGACUGAAGAGAUCCUAUUGCCAGAAUGAAACGUCCUUCCCUGUAAAGAAGGAUCAUUGCUCAGACUUAACAUCUGAGAGGUAUAUCUGGGAUGCAGGGAAGACCCAUUCGGAAUGUGGGUGGCAUCAUCCUAUUGGCUGCGUUCCAAGAUGGAACAAGGCGUUUAAAUGCAGAAUUGGAGGCGAAAACUGCUAAUCUGGUUCGACAAGCUGAGGAAGUAAUAAGAGAGCAGCAGGAAGUACGAGCCAGGCCUUUUUCAGCACUGAUUACAUCACGCAAAGAGGAAGAUGCUUACAGCUCGAGCGCUCUGCUGUCAUCUGAAGGGAAGGCUCAUCCAUGGUCAGGAACCAAGCCAAAGACCAAAAGCACUGGUCCUGUAAACAAGAUUCAAAACAGGCUCCACUCUGCAGAUAAAGAAAGGAAAACAAAUUCAAGUGUUAAACUGAAAUAUCCUGACAUGCAGACGGCCAAUGAUGUAGCCAUCCCAGACGAUUUCUCAGACUUCUCCCUUGCCAAGACAAUUAGCCGGAUUGAAGGGCAGCUGGAAGAAGAUAGCUUGCCCGAGGCUGCAGUGGACGACAGCUUCUGCGGUGUUAGUAGGGACAUUGGGACAGAGGCUCAGAUCCGAUUUCUAAAGGCCAAGCUCCGUGUGAUGCAGGAGGAGCUGGACAGCGUGGUGUGUGAGUGCAGCAAGAAGGAGGAUGAAAUUCAGGACUUAAAGUCCAAGAUGAAAAAUUUGGAAGAAGACUGUGUGCGACAACAGCGAACAGUUACGUCCCAGCAAUCCCAAAUAGAAAAAUAUAAGAAUCUUUUUGAAGAAGCAAAUAAAAAAUGUGAUGAAUUACAGCAGCAGCUGUCAUCAGUAGAACGGGAAUUAGAAAAUAAAAGAAGAUUACAAAAACAGGCUGCCUCAAGUCAGAGUGCCACGGAGGUCCGCCUGAAUCGAGCUCUCGAAGAAGCAGAAAAGUGUAAAGUGGAGCUGAGUAAACUCAGGCAAACUAACAAGGAUAUUACAAAUGAAGACCACCAAAAAAUUGAAGUGUUGAAAUCAGAAAACAAGAAACUAGAAAGACAAAAAGGAGAAUUAAUGAUAGGCUUCAAGAAGCAGUUGAAAUUAAUUGACAUUUUGAAAAGGCAGAAGAUGCAUAUUGAAGCUGCCAAGAUGCUGUCUUUCAGUGAGGAGGAGUUUAUGAAGGCUCUUGAGUGGGGCAGUUCAUGAGUGAGCAAUUUCAAAUUGAUGCUUAUUUGUGUUAGUUUAUUUAAUAUCAAAUUGUAGUCUUCUACUGUUUAUGAGUAAUGAGAACAUUUGUGAAAUAAAAGGUUUAGAUAAUGACUUGGUGAAAUAAAUAGAAUGUUUGUGAGGAUGUUGUAAGACAAAGCCAGACUGCAACUCUGACCUGACUUCCUUUUUCAUCAAUAGUUGUGAAAUAAAGAAGCAAGACUUUGA